UUUGUUUCUUUUUUUAUUUCACUUUCUCUUUCUCGUUUUUUAUACUUAUUCUAUAUAAUUAACCAAUGGCAAAACGUUGUUGUUGUGUUAUUCCUUUACGAGGUGGUUCUGCCUUGAUUGGUCUUAUAGUAGCAUUGGUCUCUGUUCUACUUCUCGGACUUACUUUUACAAAAAAAAACCCUAUGAUAAUGCAUUUGGCUAUCAUCAAUCCUGCUCUUCCUUGGGUUUAUGUUAUAGUGAUAGCUGCCUCGGCAGUGGUGGGACUCUAUGGUGUGUUGGCUGGUACAGUGGGCAAACUUGCUUUGAUGAGGCUAUACAAGCUUUUGUUCUGGCUACUCUUCUUUGUCGUUUGUAUAUGGCAAGCGGUUGAUUUCGUUUUGUCCUUGGUCUAUAGAAGUCAAUCCAUUGCUGAAUGUCAAAAAUCAUCUGGAACAACAUCAACUGGUGGUGCUGGUAACAAUACUGAAAUUUCUGUAGGUGGUUAUACCACUACUUUUCUGGGUAUGGAAAUGGGAAACACUUAUGGAUUGGCAAAUUGUGAUCAAGCUGCUCAAGCUGGUGUGAUUGGUUUAGCUAUCAUGCUAUUUAUCGGUGGUCUGUUUAUGUUUUAUUUUGGUACAGUGAUUAGCGCUUAUACACGUCGAUUAAGAGAACGUAACUUGGGUCACCGACUUCGUGAUGAUGAAUGGGAUAGUAACUUGGAUGAAUUAUCAGCAGCCUACAGGGCUGAUGCAAGGAACGCUCCGAAGUAUCCUCUCCAACCUUUGAACAAGAAAAAGAAAUCUGGUAUUAUGGGUAAACUCAAAUUCGGAAAAAAAUAGUCUUAGUAUUUCCUUCCCUUUUAGAUAUAUUUUAUUAUUAUUAUUAUUCUUUUUGUUUUUUAAAACAACUGUGUAUAUUGCAAAACAAAUAAAUCUCUAUAU